AUGGGUCGACCUCCCAGCAAUGGCGGUCCUGCAUUUCGCUUCACCCACGCCGAGGUUGCGGAGAUGGAAGCAAUUCUGCAACACCACAAGCAAGUAAUGCCAGCUCGUGAGGUUCUUGUGGCUCUUGCUGAGAGGUUCAGUGAAUCUCCAGAGAGAAAAGGGAAGAUCUCGGUGCAAAUGAAGCAGGUAUGGAACUGGUUCCAAAACAGGCGUUAUGCUAUAAGAGCCAAACAAAGCAAGUCGCCAGCAAAGUUAAAUAUAACACCAGUGCAACGGGAUGAUCUACAUACAAUUAAAAAUGUUCCACAACCUGUAGCUACUCCUGCGUCUAUUCAUGCAACUACUAGCAUGGCUGCUCCUUCAGUUUCAAUUCCAGGAAGGGUGACUCCAGAAAAUACAUACAUGGAAUUUGAAGCCAAAUCUGCUAGAGAUGGUGCAUGGUACGACGUUGCGACAUUCCUGUCUCAUAGAUACCUGGACACGGGUGAUCCGGAAGUACUUGUUCGUUUUUCUGGUUUUGGACCAGAUGAGGAUGAGUGGCUCAAUGUUCGCAAGAGUGUAAGGCAGCGUUCCCUCCCAUGUGAAGCAUCUGAAUGCGUUGCGGUUCUUCCUGGAGACCUAAUUCUGUGUUUCCAGGAAGGCAAAGAUCAAGCACUAUACUACGAUGCACAUGUUCUGGAUGCACAAAGAAGGCGACAUGAUGUAAGAGGUUGCCGUUGUAGGUUUUUGGUGCGUUAUGAUCAUGAUCAAUCUGAGGAAAUCGUGCCUCUCAGAAAAGUUUGCCGAAGACCUGAAACUGAUUACCGAUUGCAACAACUUCACGCAGCAACAGAAUCAUUAAGUCACGACCAGCUGAAAGCCGGUGGAGAUCAAUCUAGUACUAGUGGCAUCCAAAAGACCUCUGCGACUACCACAGAAGCCAUGCCAAAGCCUAAUACUACCUUCACAGCAACCCAAAUCGCAAUGGAACCGAAACCCGUCGAAAGCAGCAGCAGCAGCAACAUCAUGGUGAAUGCUGUAAAACCCGGGCUGGUCCCUAACCCUAUUGUUUCUGUACCGGCAACCGGCUUAACUGCUCAGAGCAUUCCUCCUGGUGUCUCCAGUUAG